AUGGACUUAAUGGACGUGUUAAUCCUUGUUCUGGCGGCCGUGUUUCUCCGGCUAUGGUGGCGCUACUGUUCCGUCGCGGGCGAACAAAAGAAGAACCUUCCGCCAGGACCACCAGGCUGGCCGGUGGUGGGAAACCUAAUCCAAGUGAUCCUCGAGGGUCGACCCUUCAUCUUUGUAGUACGGGAUUUACGUAAAAAGUAUGGACCAAUCUUCACCAUGCAAAUGGGACAACGCACACUCAUCAUCAUCACCAGCUCCGACCUCAUCCACGAAGGCCUCGUCCAGCGGAGCGCCGAGUUCGCCAGCCGCCCCUCCGAUUCUCCCAUCCGACUCAUCUUCAGCGUCGGAAAGUGUGCUAUCAACUCCGCUCAGUACGGCCCUCUCUGGCGCACCCUCCGCCGCAACUUCGUGACGGAGCUUAUAAACCCUACCAGGAUACGCCAGUGUAGUUGGAUCCGCAACUGGGCGCUGGGGUAUCAUAUGAAGCGCCUCAUGUCCCAGGCCGCGGAGCACGGCUCCGUGGAGGUGAUGAGCAACUGCAGACUUACUAUCUGCAGCGUGCUCAUCUGCCUCUGCUUCGGAGCUAAGAUCUCCGAAGAGAGAAUCAAAGUCAUUGAGAGUAUACUCAAGGAUGUCAUGAUGGCCACCACACCGAAGCUCCCAGACUUCCUGCCGAUGCUGACUCCGCUGUUCCGUCGGCAGGUGAAGGAGGCCGUAAAGCUACGGAAGAAGCAGUUGGAGUGUUUGGUUCCGCUCAUAAGAAACCGAAAGGCUUUUCUCGACGGCGGCGGUGUUGUGAACGAGGAGAUGGUGAGUCCAAGUGGUGCUGCGUAUAUCGACUCGCUGUUUGAGCUUGACGUGCCCGGAAGAGGUAAGCUGGGAGAGGAAGAGCUCGUCACUCUUGUCUCUGAAAUCGUCAACGCCGGGACGGACACGAGUGCUACUACUACUGAGUGGGCUUUGCUGCAUUUGGUGAUGAACCAGGAGAUUCAAGAUAAGCUGUAUAAGGAGAUUGUCGACUGUGUUGGGAAAGAUGGGGCGGUCACCGAGAGUGACGUGGAAAAAAUGACCUAUCUCACUGCGGUGGUUAAAGAGACUUUCCGGCGACACCCGCCGAGUCACUUUCUCCUGUCUCAUGCGGCGGUGAAGGAGACGCAGCUCGGUGGCUACACUAUUCCGGCGGAUGCAAGCGUGGAGUUCUACACUGCAUGGGUGACGGAGGAUCCGGGGAUGUGGAAGGAUCCGGGCGAGUUCCGACCCGAGAGAUUCUUGGAUGGAGAUGGAGUUGACGUGGACAUAACGGGGACAAAAGGAGUGAAGAUGGUGCCCUUUGGAGCCGGCCGGCGGAUUUGUCCGGCAUGGACGUUGGGGACGUUGCACAUUAACUUGCUGCUGGCGAGAAUGGUGCAGGCCUUCAAAUGGUUCCCGGUUCCCGGUUCUCCACCCGACCCGACUGAGACAUUUGCUUUCACUGUGGUCAUGAAGAACCCUCUCAAGGCUGUGAUUGUGCCUAGGUCACUGGUCAACUAA